UACGUGACGUGACGCCAUCAUCAAACAUGGCGGACAAGGAAAACACAAACAUGGAAGUCGAUAAGGAAAAGAAAAAAUCCUUUGCUAACAAAAUUGACUCGCUCCAAGACGAUGCAAUCCAAAGAGUUGGCAACAACAGCAAUGUCGAAGGCAAGAAAAACGCCGUCCAAAGCCGCGCCACAGCGGAAUACUGCGAGAAACUGCAGGCGUGGAUGUGGCAAUAUUAUACAGGUUAUGUGAACUGGCAGAGCUGGAUGGCAGCGUCAGCCAUGUCCUGCCCUUAUUAUUUACAGUCAGCAAGCGGGACGUCGACGACAGCCUUGGAUAUUAACGCUCAGAACUGGUAUAACAGCCCGUUUGUUCUCCCGUUAUCUCCCUAUCCACCCGCCGUCAACCCUCCGAGCAGCCGGGCAGGCGAGGCUGCAGGCGGGGCUGCAGUGUCCGCACAGCCGCAGCGGCAGCUACCGCAAGAGAACGGAAAUGCUCAGCGACCAGGCCGAGAGUAUAGUAUUCCUUCACCUCUCCAAAGACUCCUUGCUGAGAUGGUGGAUUUCUUCAUUUUGUUUUUUAUCAAAGCAACCAUAAUCAUCAGUAUUAUGCACCUCAGUGGAAUCAAGGAUGUUUCGAAGUUCGCCAUGCAUUUCAUAGUGGAGGAAAUAGAUGAAGACACCUCGAUGGAGGAGCUACAAAAAAUGAUGCUAGUGGCACUAGUGUAUCGGAUAUUAGUGUGUUUUUAUGAGAUUGUGUGCAUUUGGGGAGCAGGAGGAGCCACUCCAGGGAAGUUUCUGGUUGGACUCAGAGUUGUAACGUGUGACUCAUCAGUUUUGGUUCAGCCUAACAGGGUGCUUGUAGUGCCAGCGACUAAUGUCUCUCUGUCUGCAUCAACUGUCCGAGCCUUAAACAAGAACUUUUCAAUUGCCUUCUUUUUCCCGGCCUUCAUCACUCUUCUGUUCUUCCAGCACAACAGGACUGUGUAUGACAUGGUAGCUGGUACAAUUGUUGUGAAGCGCUCUGGAGCGAGAUGAUGCAAAAAAAAAAGUCAAGAAGAGAGUCCUAAACGUAUUCAGAACUGGCACUGCGUGAUGUGUGUUUUUUUUUCCAAUGCCUGCAGAGCUCAGACAAGACAACCUCAGAACACACAGGAGAGGUUGACACACAACAGUAUGAACUUUUGUAGUCCCCUAAAACGUUGGUUUGGUUUGCCUCGGACACGUACUGUAUUUCUGCAUGUAUGUCUACAUGCUGCUUUUCUAUUCCUUUGCUGAAUUGAGUUGUUCUUUAGGAGAUAGUAAAAAUGACAGUAUGCAUAACUGUUUAAUUGACAUAGGACUCUUUUUGCCUUUUUCUAAAUUCUCUUUGAGAUUAAGGGUGAAUGUAAUGACUCACUUAGAUUUCAGUCACUAAUUAUGCAUUCAUGAGAUUAUGACUUCGUAUUAAAACAUGUCUUAAGAAUCUUUACUCAGACUUCAUCUUUGAGUUGUUGACCUUCAUCAUGGAAGGGGUGAUAAUCAUGCUGCUGAAAUACCUUUAUUCUAAGGCACUUUUUAAUGUACUGAUCGGAAAAGUUAAUCUGACCACAACAGCUAUUCCUUUACUCUGAACUCAGCAUGUGUGUGACUUCAACUAAUGUAUGUUCAUGCACACUUUCUGUGAUAUCAAUUUUUGCAUUUCAGAAGAUUAAAUGAAUCCACUCAUUUCCUGCAUGUUAA